AUGCGGCUGGAAGAACUCAGGAGGCUCCAGCACACCCUGGAACAGGGCAACGAUGGCAAAGACUCACUCCAAAGCCAUCAGCUCGCUAUGGAUGAAGAAAAUAAUAUCCAGGAAUAUCCUAUCGACCUCCAGCCCUUGGAAUCCAAAGUGAAAAUCAUCCAGCGAGCGUGGCGUGAGCACCUGCAGCGCCAGGACCUGUGCAGCCCAUCCCCAACGUCACCAACAAUGUCCCCAACAUCGCCAACGUCCCCAACGUCAUCGACCUCGGGCAAGAUGAGCAGGUCUGUCAGCAUGAACACCUUCUCCGACAGCAGCACCCCCGUCUCAAAAAUAUUUUUAUUUAUGUCCUGCUUCAGGAAAUUUGGCUGA